AUGGCGGCCGCAGCGACAGAGGAGGACACGGAGCUGCGGGACCUGCUGGUCCAGACGCUGGAGAGCAGCGGGGUGCUCAAUAAGAUUAAGGCAGAGUUGCGAGCAGCUGUUUUUUUGGCAUUAGAAGAACAAGAGAAAGUAGAGAACAAAACACCUCUGGUAAAUGAAAGCUUGAAAAGUUUUUUAGGUACAAAAGAUGGUCGCUUGGUAGCAGGUCUUGUUGCAGAAUUUCUACGGUUUUUCAAUCUUGAUUUUACGUUGGCUGUUUUUCAGCCUGAAUCAAGCACACUAAAUGGCCUUGAUGGUCGAGAAAACUUAGCUCGAGAUUUGGGAAUUAUAGAAGCAGAAGGUACUGUGGGUGGUCCCCUGUUGUUGGAGGUUGUUAGGAAAUGUCAGCAGAAAAAGAUUUCAGGCAGUGGAGAAGUGGCUCCAGUUCAAAGUGAUAGCCUGUGCCCCACAUCAAAAUCAUCUGAUGGAAGAUCAAGUACACACCCUAUACCAAAUAAGGCAGCUGAAACCACUCAAAGUGAUACAAGUGUCUCAUCAGGGGAAGCAAGCAAACAAAGCAUUCAUUUUCUGCCUAAUGAAAUAAAACUAGAUCCUCAACUAGAAAACAAAGACUUAAAUACCAAAGAAAAAAGUGAUCCAGGUGUGGAUGAAGAUGAUGUAGAGGGAGAUUCUUUUUUUGAUGAUCCUAUACCCAAACCAGAAAGAACUUAUGGCUGGAAAACUGAAGCUAAUAAAGCAGGAGGUCUAGCUUCCCUUUCUGAUGCACCACCUCUAAAAAGUGGGUUAAGCUCCCUGACUGGUGCACCUUCGCUAAAGGAGUCUGAUAAUUUGAAUAGAAACUCAGUUUUGAAAGACCUGCGGUUAGUCAAUGCAAAACUAGGAUCACUAGAAUUAGGAAAUGGAGAUGAUGAUGAGUAUGCUGAUGACUUCAACAGUACUAGUCAUCGCUCAGAAAAAAGUGAUAUCAGUAUUGGUGAAGAAAUAGAUGAAAUUUCUGUGGAAACAGAAGAGUCGAAUGCCAGUGAUAAACUUGAAGGCAUCACACAAGACGUUACCAUUUCUCAGUUAAGUGAUGUUGCAGAUUAUCUAGAAGACGUGGCAUAG